UCACGAGCUUCUCGCCUCGUGCGAUUUUUGUGUGCUGAGCAAGGUUUUUAUAAGACCUGACGAUCUGAAGCCCUUCUUGUCAACCCCCUUUGCUUUUUCCAGCGAAAAUUUCAUUCUUUUACCCCGCGGGCGUUAACCUUAACCCCCUCGCCCUACCGCUUUUUUGACGCCCAACUUCCCUAUUCAACAUUUAAUCCCUACCUCAAUCCCGGACCCGAUUUUUCAGACCUGAUGAUUUAAAGUUGCAAGAGGACCCGCAGAUGUCCCCGCCAGUACCACCCUCCGCUCCGUACAACGACCACACGCGCCCGCCCCUCCUCUUCGUCACGCACCUCCCCUCCGCAUCCUCCUUCUACGCAGCCAUUAUCCAACCCCUGGGCCUGCAAUUCUUGCCUCCGAAUCCGCCCUCGCCUCAUAAUCUCCCCAUCACUCCGCACACGAUCACCAAUCCGGUCCUCAAUUACGGGUAUUUGACACAAGGGCCAGCGGGCUUGAAGAGUGUGGUUGUGUUUAGCAUCACUGGAAUUGGGGCUCAGCCGCAAGGGAUCAGACCGGCGAAGAUCACGUUGAGUGCGAGUUCCGAGGAGGCCGUAAGAGAGUUCUGGAAAAAGAGCGGGUUAGUUAAUAAAGGGGUUCGCACGCCGGCGAAACUUGAUUUCUUGCCCGAAGAGGGAGAGGAAGGCAUUGUUGCUCGGACCAGGGACUUUGAUGGGAACAUGUUGGAGGCUGUGUAUAGACCGAGGGAUAGGGGAUUUAGUUACGGUGGAGGGUAUGGGGGAGGGGGGCAUGCGAGGCCGGUGAUCGAGACGGCUGCUACGGAACGCGAGGCCAGGAGGGUGCUGGAGUGGCAGCAGCAGGUUGCGAAGAGCAUUGGGGAGAAUGGCGGGAGUGGCGGCGCUGCGUCUGUUUCGAGCUCGGAUGUUGAGGGCGGAUAUCGACCGGGAGCAGUGAGGAGGGCGGAGACCUAUCCUGCUCAAGGCAGCGAGCGACCGAUGAGGCUUGUGAGGAGAGAGACCGUUACGACGGAGCAUUACCGCAGACCUGAUGAGAGGGGAGAAGGCGGGAGAGGCAUCAGUGGCAAAGCGGUUAUUGGUACGUUGUUGGGUGCUGCUGCGGGCGCGGCGUUUGCUUACGCUAUGGUGCGGUCAGAAUCGCCUGAGCGACGACCUCUUGCUGCUCCCCGGAGAGCGAGCUAUGACAAUCAGAGCGAGCGGCUGUAUACGCAGGUUGCGCAAAGUCCGCGGGAGAGGUUGCCGGCGAGGAGUUAUGUCUCUGCGAGCCAAGAGGGGAGGCCGAGAUAUGUGGAUGCGGCUCCAAGGGUGCAUCAAAUUGAGGAGAAGAGCUAUGAUUCUCAACGCCCUGGUCGCUCGGUGCAAGGGGGGAGUCGGGCGAGGAGUAGAAGUGAGGCGGGGUCGCGGUACGAGCGGCCGUUGACACUUCUCCCAGCGAGGACGCAGUCGAGAGCGAGAAGUCCGUCGCAGUUGAGCCAUAGGAGUAGCUACAAGACUGCGAGGGAACGAAGCCCCAGCCGCAGCAGGAAAACGGGGAGCCAUGUGAGCACGCGGAGUUACCAUUCUCAUUCUACGGCUAAGCAGUCACCGCCUCCGCCGGUGUCGACGAGCACGAUCAAGAUCCGUGCUAUGCCGAGUGAGAGGGAGAGGAGGGUCAUGCAUUCUGGAUUUGAGAGGGACGUUGAGAGGGCGAGGCACGUGCCGUUGCCGACGAGUGUUGCGAGCGGGCCGGGGUAUGCGGUGAGCGUUGCGCCAAGUGAUAGUGUGAGCAGCGUAGGGAUCAAGAGGGAGAGAGAAAGGCUGAGGGAGAGAAUGAGCAUCAGGGAUGGCGUUCCGAGGGGCUGGUAAAGCAAAGGUGUGACAUCGGCCGUUUUUGAUGGAAAACAGGACAUAGACAUUGGGAUUGGGAUUGGGAUUAGGAUUGGGCUGGGGCUAGGACGGAUGGCCUGGAGCUUGGGUUGGCAUGUGAUGG